AUGGAGAACCAACCGCAGGAUGUCGACCAGUCCAAGUACAUUGACAAUGCAAUUCGCGCCGUCCGUGAGAAGAAGCCGCUCCCUGAGAUUGACUUCACCCUGCAUACUAUGGAGGAUGGAAACCAAGUGAGCACCCAGGAACGUGUAUGCAAAGACGUACAAGCGCCCGCCUUCCACCCGCCCACCGACGAGCAAUUCUUCUCCCCUCAAGAUCGCACAAAGCCCAACAUCCAAUUUCUGAAGCAGCACUUCUACCGCGAAGGUCGCUUGACCGAACAGCAGGCGCUAUGGAUCAUAAAGAAGGGCACAGAGAUCCUCAAGUCGGAACCCAACAUGCUGGAGAUGGACGCACCCAUUACCGUGUGCGGUGAUGUUCACGGGCAAUACUACGAUCUUAUGAAGCUGUUCGAAGUCGGUGGCGACCCAGCAGAGACGCGCUACCUCUUCUUGGGAGACUACGUCGAUCGCGGCUAUUUCAGUAUAGAGUGUGUUUUGUACCUCUGGUCGCUGAAGAUCUGGUACCCCAACACCCUCUGGCUUCUCCGAGGAAACCACGAGUGCCGCCAUUUGACCGACUACUUCACAUUCAAGCUCGAAUGCAAGCACAAGUACUCCGAGGCCGUGUACGAAGCCUGCAUGGACUCGUUCUGCGCACUUCCCCUAGCGGCUGUUAUGAACAAGCAGUUCUUGUGUAUACACGGUGGAUUGAGCCCCGAGCUUCACACUCUAGACGACCUGAAGAGCAUUGAUCGUUUCCGCGAGCCACCUACCCACGGCCUCAUGUGCGAUAUUCUCUGGGCUGAUCCUCUCGAAGAAUUCGGCCAGGAGAAGACUAACGACUUCUUCGUUCACAACCACGUCCGCGGAUGCUCAUACUUCUUUUCGUACCCCGCUGCGUGCGCUUUCCUCGAGAAGAACAACCUUCUGUCAAUCAUCCGCGCACACGAGGCGCAAGAUGCUGGAUACCGAAUGUACAGGAAAACACGGACGACUGGUUUCCCCAGUGUCAUGACAAUCUUCAGCGCGCCGAACUACCUCGACGUAUACAACAACAAGGCUGCGGUUCUGAAGUACGAGAACAACGUCAUGAACAUCCGACAGUUCAACUGCACACCGCAUCCGUACUGGCUGCCUAACUUUAUGGACGUCUUCACAUGGUCAUUGCCAUUUGUUGGCGAAAAGAUUACUGACAUGCUCAUUGCGAUCCUAAACACCUGUUCGAAGGAGGAGCUCGAAGAGGAGACGCCCAGCUCUCUGGCUUCCGGUCCAUCAUCGCCACCCCUCUCCAGCCUCGACCCAGAUUCGACCGAGUUCAAGCGACGUGCGAUCAAAAACAAGAUUCUGGCGAUUGGUCGCCUCUCUCGUGUGUUCCAAGUGCUUCGCGAGGAGUCUGAGCGUGUCACUGAGCUCAAGACUGCAUCGGGUGGUCGACUUCCCGCGGGUACGCUCAUGCUCGGUGCGGAGGGAAUCAAGCAGGCGAUCCACAGCUUCGAGGACGCACGCAAGGUUGAUUUGCAGAACGAGAGGCUCCCGCCGAGCCACGAAGAGGUGCGAAAGUCUCAGGAGGUUAGCCGAGAGCAGGCUCUCGAGAAGGCCACCAAAGAAGCCGACAACGACCAAGGUCUCGCGACUGUCGCAAGACGCAUCAGCAUGUAA